CAAGUUUCCAAGCCCUCUUAUUACUGUAUAGCUCUCUCUCACACUUGGUCUAUGUUCUUUCCAUUUAAACAAAAAUCCUUCGUUGAUUCCCAUAAAAGGCUCUGAUCAAUUCCUUCGUCGUCUUCGUCUCAUCCUCAGAUUCCGUCCCAUAGUUUGUUACGCUGAGCUUGAAUUUGUGAUGAUCUCGAGUAAAUGAGCUUUGCACCAGGGGACAGUUGGGGUGCAGUGAGAGGAAAGUGAGUAACAAAGAACAAGGAAGAUGAUAAACAAGACGCUUGUACUGACAUAUAUAUACUUACUCAUUUACAUUGUACUCUCUUCAGGAGUCAUUCUCUACAACAAAUGGGUUUUAUCCCCAAAGUACUUCAAUUUUCCACUUCCUAUAACGUUGACGAUGAUCCAUAUGGGGUUUUCUGGAUUCGUGGCCUUCCUUCUUAUUCGUGUCUUCAAGGUUGUAGCUCCGGUUAAAAUGACAUUCGAAAUAUACGCUACAUGUGUGGUACCUAUAAGCGCAUUCUUUGCUUCAAGCCUGUGGUUUGGCAAUACUGCAUACUUGCACAUUUCUGUUGCCUUCAUUCAGAUGCUCAAAGCUCUAAUGCCAGUAGCAACAUUUAUCAUGGCAGUUAUUUGCGGCACUGACAAACCAAGGUGCGACGUGUUCUCAAACAUGUUGCUGGUCAGUGUUGGAGUUGUGAUAUCUUCUUAUGGGGAAAUCCAUUUCAAUAUAGUUGGCACGGUCUAUCAGGUGACAGGCAUAUUUGCUGAAGCACUUAGACUGGUGCUAACUCAAGUUCUUCUCCAGAAGAAGGGCUUGACAUUAAACCCUAUUAACAGCUUAUAUUACAUAGCUCCCUGCAGUUUUGUUUUUCUGGCCUUCCCUUGGUAUGUGUUGGAGAAACCCACGAUGGAAGUUUCACAGAUCCAAUUCAACUUCUGGAUUUUUUUCUCCAAUGCUCUGUGUGCUCUUGCCUUGAACUUCUCCAUAUUCUUAGUAAUAGGGAGAACAGGUGCAGUAACAAUCCGGGUUGCUGGUGUUCUCAAAGACUGGAUUCUCAUUGCCCUCUCCACAGUCAUUUUCCCAGAGUCCACGAUCACUGGGCUAAACAUCAUUGGAUACGCAAUUGCGCUUUGUGGCGUUGUCAUGUACAAUUACAUAAAAGUGAAGGACGUGAAGGCGUCUCAACCAAUCGCUGAUAGUCUCCCAGAUCGAAUCAAUAAGGAGUUGAAGAUGGAGAAGAAGUCUUCAGAUAAAUUCAAUCCAGAUGUGGGUGGAGGGAGCCUAGGGGUAGGAGCCGAGAUAAACGACGAGGAAGCCCCUUUGAUUACUUCCCGGUUAUCUCAUAUUGGUCGGACGCAGCUCGGAAAUCACGCCGUUUAAGAUGCCUGGUAAAAACUUAUGAUAGAGAGGUUUUACUUCUAUUCUCAAUUCGUUUUCUUCUUCUUUGCUACGUAAAAAAAAAGAAAUAUUUGAAACCAAGAGAAAAGGUGCAGCAGCAUCAUCCGAGACCGUGUCUCAGGUGAAAAAUGUUGUACUUCUCUUCAAAAUUUGCAACUUUAUUAAGAAAUAGAUAGCCGGGUAAUAGUAGUAUGCUGGGUGAUUAGCUUAAAAACGUUAAAGGUCACAAAUUCGUUUGUAAUGGAAUUGACAGUUAGAGCUAUAUAUAUAUAUAUAUUCUUGUGGUCUUUGUUCUU